AUGGCCGCCCAACCCCAGGUACAGCCCCUCACCGAUGAGGACUUGGCUCAGCAAGGGCUGAAGGUCCCUGGUGGAGGACAGAUUCGGUCGUUUGCUCCAACUCAGCUGCCAACGGGUGCUAUUCUGACCGCCCCAGAUAAGUGGCCUCCUCCUGGUUGUGAUAUGAACGAGCUCGACGACGACGAUAUUGCGGGUGCAAUGCGCUUUGCCAUCCCAGACUUCCGUGCCGAGGAGAGACAGCUCCCUGAGAUUGAUAGAGAAAGGCCCCCUGAGGCCUUUCCAGGCACUCUGCGAGAAGUUUGGUCAGCUAUUUUCCCUUCGGCCCGGACAAUGCGAUAA